AUGACUUCCAAGAAGAUCGCCGGACCCGUAAAAGCUGCUACAAAGGCCGCCAUAUCGCAAGUUAAAGACUCGAAGCAAGGCGAUGCAGCUACGUCAUUCCAAUUCAGCCUCACUUCACUCGACCACCAGGCUACCAAGUUCAAAGCGGCACGCUCUCGUGAGAACAAGAAGACCAAGGAUACCCAGGAUAGGGAUAUCGAUUGUAGAGCCCAGGAGAGGGACUUCCGUAAACCGAAGGUCACUCAAGAACUCGCUACUUCAUAUCAGGUGGCAGUUCGGAACUCAUCUAAGGAUGGACCAGAUGGCCUGCACCACCCUGGUUGGCUUCCAUCGAAGAGCAGGUCCCGUCGGCAUAUGGUUCGAAAGGUCUCUUCUAAAAUACAAGCUCUCUCCACUGCGCACGCUGGUGUAAGAGCCGGGCCGGGUAAUGAUCCCACCGAUCAGGACAUAAUCUUGUUGGCCUCAGACACCGUCGGUAGUAUCACCCAGGACAAGCCCACACAAGGUAUCCUUGAGGUAUCAAAGCCGGCAGAGUUGGCUGAGGAUCUAUCCCAACACCACACUUCCCCCCUUUUCUCAGCUACUCCAAUUCAUCACAUCGUGGAACUACUCCUCGACCCAAUGGGGGCUCGAAACCUUCCUCGCUUCGGCACUGGGCUUGGGAGGAGGUAUUCUGUGAACGAUGUGGAUCGCAGGGAGGCAGAGCUGCUGCUAUUUCCCAAAGACUUUGCUCUUGACACGUGGGGUUCUGGAUUAGGGGAAUCAGCAUUCGCUGACGGCUCUGCGUCCACGUACACAGUGUCUACCUCCUCACCCCUACCUCCUCCAUGCGAUGCUGCAAAGGGUGAGUCAUAUGCAACUGAGCCGCAUUUGGAAGUAGAGGAUUUGCACCCGCUUGGCCCUUCCUUGUAUCUUCACAAUACCGCCAUGGAUCCUACGGACCAGUACAGCAAGGGCCAGGCCGUUGAAAUGUCCGAUCCUAUUGAUUGCAUUCUCAAGUCUCUGCAAAGUACCGGUUAUUACGUUGCCAGCCAGGUCGAUUGCGGUUUAGAAUUUGACAAAGUGCCGACUUCCAUGACUGAUCCGGCGAUUGUUUACAGCCAGCCCUCUGCAACGGAGACAUUGGCGGCCGGUUCUAGGAAUAGGGCUGCAGCUCCAGUUCUGCUCAGGGAUCCGGGGAUUGUCUCCUGUAAUUCCACAAUGACGAAGUCACAGAAAGAACUAACAGGAAAGGAGCAGUAUAGGACCAGCCGGCCUAGCGAGACCGAAUUCGAAUUGUUUCUUCGUGACAAGGUUUCUGCGUCUCUCACCGGAUCUCUCACCAUCGACGGCGAAGUCUCAGCAGCCCACGGUAGCAUCUGCGGCAAUACUACGUGUAGCACUACGCAAUUCGAACUCGUUAUCCACGAUAGAUUAACCCAAUGCCUCGCACCAUCACGGUCUGCCAAGGUCGAGACCCUAGCGCAAGAGAGUAAUUUCCUUCAUGCAUAG